UAGUAAUCCCUAGGACUGAGUGCACUCUGCGUUUACAUUCUUAAAGGGACUGCAGGCGGAGAAGCUCUUGUCUGAAUAGUCAAGUGACGCUUCUCUUCAUUAGCGGAGGAAGCUGUGCGGCUGGUCCACGCCCCGAUCUUUGUCGUUCGCAUCGUCAGGCAAUUGAGUUAGGAUUGGGAGAUGGUGGUUACGGCUUGAAACUUUGGUGAAGUGGAAUUGCGAGCGCGGAAUGCGUGAGAGACACGCAGAGACAAGGGAAGGUGUAGGUUCCGUCUUGCUACAUGCUGCCUAAAAAGAGAGAGGUUGGGGAGGAGGCAGAGUUGGGGAGCAACAGCUUGAAGAGGAAUCGCGCUGAAUCUCCCAGCGGCAGUGUAGUGGUGGGACGGAACAGAGAGCUCGUCAUGGCAGCGGACAGCAAUAUGGAGGUCGAGAUUGACGAGGAUCUCCACAGUCGGCAGCUUGCUGUGUAUGGCAGGGAGACCAUGCGUCGUCUGUUUGGUGCUCAUGUUCUCGUCUCUGGUCUGCAGGGUCUCGGUGUCGAGAUUGCCAAAAAUAUUAUUCUAGCGGGAGUGAAGUCCGUCACGCUGCAUGAUGCUGGGAAUGUGGAAUUGUGGGAUCUUUCCGCUCAAUUCUAUUUUACAGAGGAGGAUAUAGGGAAGAACCGUGCUCUGGCAUGUGCAGACAAGCUCAAGGAGUUGAAUGCCGCAGUUGAUGUUAACACCAGCUCGGGCGAAAUUACGGAGCAACUAUUAUCAGCCCACUCAGUCGUAGUUUUCACCGACAUAGGAUUGGACAAGGCUAUCGAGAUAGACGAUUUCUGUCACAGACACGAGCCGGUCAUCGCUUUUAUCAAGGCAGAUAUAAGAGGCGUGUUUGGUUCCGUUUUCUGUGACUUUGGACCAUCGUUCAAUGUUGUCGAUGUCGACGGCGAGGAGCCACACACGGGUAUCGUCGCAUCCAUUAGUAAUGACAACCCCGCUCUGGUUACAUGUGUGGAUGACGAGCGGCUGGAAUUGCAGGAUGGCGACCUUGUUAAAUUCUCUGAAGUGCACGGUAUGCCGGAACUUAACGAUGGGAAGCCCAGGCGUGUCAAGGGUACAAGACCUUAUUCAUUCUUAUUGGAAGAAGACACGACUGGAUACGGGGCUUAUGAGAAAGGAGGAAUUGUAACGCAAAUAAAGCUUCCCAAGGUGCUCAAGUUCCAACCCUUGAAGGAGGCGUUAGACAACCCAGGGGAAUUUCUACUCAGUGAUUUUGCGAAGUUCGACCGACCCCCGUUGCUGCAUGUAGCGUUCCAAGCAUUAGAUGCUUUUCGCUCUGAGUUAGGCCGAUUUCCUGCGCCUGCGUCAGAAUCAGACGCAAACAAGUUGGUUGAGAUUGUACAUCGGAUUAAUGAAGCGAAGCCUAUUGACCAAAAACUUGAUACUAUUGACGACAGCAUCGUGAAGCUUCUGGGAAGUGGAUCUCGAGCUGUUCUGAGUCCUAUGGCUGCAAUGUUUGGAGGAAUUAUUGGCCAGGAAGUUGUGAAAGCCUGUUCUGGAAAGUUUCACCCUCUGUACCAGUUUUUCUACUUCGAUUCAGUAGAGUCGCUGCCAGCAGAGCCAUUGACACCAGAGGAUGUGAAGCCUUUGAACACACGAUAUGAUGCACAGAUCGCUGUCUUUGGCUCUAAGUUGCAACAAAAGCUAGAAGAAUCGAAAUUAUUUCUGGUCGGUGCUGGCGCCCUGGGCUGUGAGUUUCUCAAGAAUCUUGCACUCAUGGGAGUCUCGUGUGGUCCGAAAGGGAAGCUCACGGUCACUGACGACGAUGUGAUUGAAAAGAGCAACCUCAGUAGACAAUUCCUAUUCCGUGAUUGGAACAUUGGGCAGGCGAAGUCGACAGUGGCAUCAUCAGCGGCUAUUGCUAUUAACCCUUCUUUUAGAGCAGUGGCGUUGCAGAACCGUGUCAGUCCAAACACAGAAAAUGUCUUUGACGACACUUUCUGGGAAGGCCUGGACUUGACAGUCAAUGCUUUGGACAAUGUGAAUGCGAGGCUUUACAUUGAUUCUCGGUGCGUUUACUUCCAAAAGCCGUUACUAGAGUCAGGAACUCUGGGCACCAAAUGCAACACGCAGGUGGUGAUUCCCAACUUGACAGAGAACUACGGUGCAUCACGUGACCCCCCUGAAAAGCAGGCACCCAUGUGUACUGUACACUCAUUUCCUCACAACAUUGACCAUUGCCUGACUUGGGCUCGUUCGGAGUUCGAAGGUUUGCUUGAAAAGACUCCGGCUGAGGCUAAUGCAUUUCUAUCCAAGCCUGAGGAAUACAAGACUGCGAUGAAGAAUGCAGGUGAUGCUCAGGCCCGGGAGCUUUUGGAGCGAGUUGUGGAAUGUUUGGUCACGGAGCGCUGCACCACAUUCGACGAGUGCAUUGCAUGGGCUAGGACCAAAUUUGAAGACUAUUUUUCGAACCGGGUGAAGCAGCUUACAUUUACAUUUCCCGAAGAUGCGACUACUAGCAAUGGUUUGCCGUUCUGGUCAGCACCAAAGCGGUUCCCUAAACACUUGCAAUUCUCGUCAUCCGACCCUUCCUGCCUCUCUUUUGUCGCUGCAGCUGCUAUUUUGCGAGCAUCUACUUAUGGUAUCUCAGUGCCAGCGUGGGCUUUGGAUGCAAAGAAACUGGCUGAAGCUGUAGACAAGGUUAAGGUUUCAGAAUUUUCACCAAAGCAAGGCGUUAAAAUUGUGACUGAUGAGAAGGCCACGAGCCUGAACGCCUCCAGCAUGGACGAUGAUUACCAGAUAGAGAUGUUGAUCAAAACUCUUGACGAGGGUGUUAAGAAACUUUCUCCUGGUUUUAAAAUGAUUCCCGUGACGUUUGAGAAGGAUGAUGAUACAAACUUCCACAUGGAUUUAAUUGCAGGACUUGCCAAUAUGCGAGCACGGAACUACAGCGUACCUGAAGUCGACAAACUGAAGGCUAAGUUUAUAGCUGGGCGCAUCAUCCCUGCUAUAGCCACAACAACCGCUAUGGCUACAGGACUUGUUUGCUUGGAAUUGUACAAGGUUAUACUAGGGCAUAAUGUCGAACGGUACAGGAACACAUUUGCCAACCUAGCUCUCCCCUUGUUUUCAAUGGCUGAGCCUGUACCUCCGAAGACAUUCUCUCAUCAAAAUCUCAAGUGGUCGAUCUGGGACCGAUGGGUUAUUGCUGGGGAUCUGACCCUCAAAGAAUUGUUGGAAUGGUUUGAGGAAAGGGGCUUGACAGUCUACAGUAUCUCUUGUGGCCAGUCUCUGCUAUAUAACAAUAUCUUUCCGAAACAUCGGGAACGUAUGGGCAAGAAAGUGGUGGACCUGGCCAUGGAUAUUGCCAAACUAGAUAUACCACCUAAUCGUCGCCACUUCGACAUAGUAGUUGCGUGUGAAGACGAUGAUGGGAACGAUCUUGACGUACCGCUAGUCUCCAUUUGUUUCAGGUGAACGUAAGUUCUACAAUUUCUACUCGUGACUUAUUACAUUUCCUACCCAUUUCACGGUAUAGUCUGUUCAUAUUUAUCCAUCGUAGGCAUCACUCAUGUUGUCUGAGGAUGUUCAUCAAGGCUAUACAGCUGAUCAAGCCUUAAACGCAAACGAGAAUACGUGUUUCCUGGUCUUUUAUUUUGUUGUAUUUGAACGAGUUGAUGGCUGCAUCACUCUCAACACUUCAAUGUGAAAUAUGACCGGAGGUUCCAGUGCAAUUAAAAAGUUAUUAAUGGCAUGCUCUGUGAGCCAUUCGGACCCCGUAUUGAAGUCGCUAA